GGCGCCCGCUCGCUUGAUAAACGAGCAUGCGCGCUGGCGGCCGCCUGUCAGUCCCUCCGCUUGGGUGGCGGGCCUGGAGCUGAGGGAAGCGGCGGCGCGCGUUGCAAGGUUUGUUUUGUGCUGAUCAUUUCAGGCGAAGAGGACCCUUCUCCUGUAACUCAUUUCUUCUGAGCUACUUUUCAACCAUGUUUUGGAGCGGAAGGUGUUGGAGAUGGACCUUGGGGAUGCAACUAUAUCUCCUAUUUCUGACUUCGUGGACAUGGGCUGACACGAAAGCCUUGACUCCACCUCCCAUCACAGCAGCCUCCUUUCUGCAGGACCUUUUCCUCCGCUAUGGCGAAGAGGACCGGCUCACCUUACUGCAGUUGAAAUCUCUAUUGACACGCCUGCAUGUGGGCAUUGAACGCCACAAUGUCAGUCACACGCGGCAGCAGCAGCAGCAGCAACACCAGCGGAACCUAUCCUGGUGCUUCGGUUCUUCAGAACUCUUUGCCACACACAAUCUGAGUGAAUCAUCCCGUCUUGGGCAGAGCGAAUUCAAAGAAUUCUGCCCAACUAUCUUGCAACAGCUGGAGUCAAAGGCAUGCAUGCCGGAGAACCUGGAGAAGGAAGAAGAAGAAAGGAUGAAGGAAGGGAAGCCAAGUUCUACAGAAGUAUGGGGUUUUGGUUUUCUCAGUGUCACACUGAUUAACCUUGCCUCUCUCCUUGGAGUCUUCGUCGUGCCCUGCACUGAGAAGGUCUUUUUCACCCGAAUCCUAACUUAUUUCAUCGCGCUCUCCAUCGGAACACUGUUCUCUAACGCCCUGUUCCAGCUGAUCCCAGAGGCCUUUGGGUUCAAUCCACAGAAAGAUGAUUAUGUCUCCAUAUCUGCUGUUGUCUUUGGGGGAUUUUAUCUGUUUUUUUUCACUGAGAAAAUACUGAAGAUGCUCCUGAAACAAAAGAACGAGCACCUUCACGGACACAGCCAUUACAGCAGUGAGUCCCUCCCUUCUAAAAAGGAUCAGGAAGAAGGUGUCACGGAAAAACUGCAGAAUGGAGAUCUGGAUCACAUGAUCCCUAAUAAGAGCAGCGAUUUGGAAUGCAAGAAUCCUUCUGCUGAUCAGAAGGUUGUUGGCACCUUGUCUGUUCAGGACCUCCAAGCAUCUCAAAGCACGUGCUAUUGGUUGAAAGGGGUGCGUUAUUCAGACAUUGGAACGCUGGCUUGGAUGAUAACCUUGAGUGACGGCCUUCAUAAUUUCAUUGAUGGGCUGGCUAUUGGCGCCUCCUUCACUGUCUCAGUCUUUCAAGGCAUCAGCACCUCUGUGGCCAUUCUUUGUGAGGAAUUCCCGCACGAGCUAGGAGACUUUGUCAUUCUGCUGAAUUCUGGGAUGACAAUCCAGCAAGCCCUCUUCUUCAAUUUCCUCUCAGCGUGCUGCUGUUACCUGGGCCUAGGCUUCGGGAUAUUGGCCGGUAGCCACUUCUCAGCCAAUUGGAUCUUCGCUCUAGCUGGUGGGAUGUUUCUCUACAUUGCCUUGGCUGACAUGUUCCCAGAGAUGAACGAAGUCAGCAAAGAAGACGAAAGGAGCGGAAGGGCUUUGAUUGCAUUUGCGAUUCAGAAUGCCGGACUGUUGACGGGAUUCAGUAUCAUGGUGCUGCUCACUAUGUUCUCGGGAGAAAUCCAGCUUGGAUAGAGGCGUCCUGCUGGGAAACUGUAGUUUUUUCCGUCAAGGAUUCUGGGAAGGGGCAUGUUUAUUCAACCUGCUUCUUAGAUCUCUUAUUCGACUGACCUGCACAGGCUGACAACUUUUCUCUCUAGCGUUAAAUGACUGGGGGAUCAUUUCUUAAGGUAAUAACAGCAUUUGUCUCUCCCUCCUAUCCCCCCUUUCCCCCUCACGUUUUGAUGGAAUCGAUGAAGAAAGGCUUCUGAUUUUCGGUUGUUGUUAUUCUUGCUUCCUUCUUGGGCACGAAUAGCUUAGUGCAUAUCCCUUUAAGUUACACAAAUACCAACCGUUUGGCUAGCAGGAGGCCUUUUUUCCCACUUCCCCCCAAUUACUAAGGACAGUGAUAUUUUAAAUUUUAAGCUCUGCAUCUGUUUUGGGCCAGUUAAUUGGUUGGCUGGAGUUACUCCAAAUUUUGUUGGCUGCUGAAAAGCCAGAAUAAAAAAUUAUAGCAAAUUAGAGAGCUGUAACUCUUUGGGAGAAAUCGACCUUAAGCAUGGGCUGGACUAAAAGACCUCUGAGGUCUCUUCCACCCCAUGAUUCUGGGUUCUGAAUCACAUGUGUGAGAAAGGAAAAGUGCUCUUUGUGGCAUGUACACCAUCUAAAUAUGAAAUAGCAUGUUAUAUUGAAAACUCAUACCAAUUGAUGCAGUGGGCUCUAGUAGGAAUGUAUGUGGAGCCAAUUUGACUUAAAAUUCCUUUACUCAAAUGGCAUGGUUAUAUAUAAAUUAUUUAGGACUCCAAGAAAGAAAAAAAAAGACUGUCCUGGAAGAUACAUUUUGAACCCCUCCAGUGCCCUCUUCCCCUCUUGUUUUCAAAAGUGCAUCGUUUUCAGCCUUUCCUUUAACAUCUCCUUUUUUAAAAAUUUCCUUUAAAAGAUUCACACAAAGGCUGGCCCAUCCAGCUGCUACUUUGCAAGUUCAUUUUGUGUAGGAUAAAUCUGGCCAAUGUGGAGUCUAUUUAUAUCUGGAAAGAAAUGAUGUAUUAAGUAGUUGAAUUGCAUCCUCUGGCUGGUGUGAAGGUUUUGGGAUUGUUUUAUGGAAAUGAAGCCUAGAUUUGGAGAAUUUGCUGGAGAGAUUUAUUGCAGGAUUAAAUUUCUCAGAGUUCACUAGGUGAACUGAUGUAUUAUCAUAUUGAUAAGAUCAAGCCUGACAGCUUAAGUGUGUAGCACAUUAUUCACAUCACAGAUCCUGUUUAAACAUUUGAAACGGUUAUGCUUGUAUCAGCAAAAGGAAACUCAGUUCUCUUCAGUAAAGCUAGGAAAAUACCUUUUUAAGCCAAACUCUGCAGCAUCUCCAUGUAGCUGAAUAAUUCCUUUCUGUAUUAUGGAUAAGUUGUACACAUUCCCCUUUUCUUUGGAGCAUCAAUGGAACAUCAGAUGGGACUUGAAUACGGAGGUAGCAAAUCCCAAAGACUUUUCUUUAUCUAUACUUUGCAAUUUAGAGUGGGAUCCACAAAGACGUUCUUUUGCAUAAUCAAAUCCGAUCUGUUCAGAAGCUCUCUGUGUCUCUUCCUUCUCUCUCAUAGAUUGUAUAAAAACUCUAUGGUUGCAUCAACCAGGGGUCCACAUCUGCCUAACGUGAAUUAGUUUACUCUUUUCAGUAAAGUGUAACUGAAAAGUAUGUAGUACUUCAGGAUGAUCCGUGUAACUUGGCCUUGGCAGCUAUGAUUGAGUUAAUUGUGUGAGUAUGGCAGAUCUAUCUUUUUCUCAUUGGUUCGAGAGAAGGACCAAGUGGAAAACUGUUCUGGGAAGUCUAAUCUAUACCUCCUAAACCAGUGGUUCUCAACCUUUUUAAUGCCGUGACCCCCAACUGGUCAUAAGUCGAGGAUUACUCAAUUGGUCGUAAGUUGAGGACUACUGGUGCAGCACCGUUUGCAGAAUGGGACUUUUG